AAAUCAUGGAAAACCCAUAUAAAUAUACUUCCCAAACAGAACAUACAUGCUGUAGCAGAAAUUAAGGAAGGAGAAAGUUCUUGGGUUCAAUCCCUUUGAAUUUUGCUCCAACUGAGGCUUUCCAUUGACAAUGGUGAUCUCAGGUCCGAUCACUCCUGGACAGGUGUCGUUUUUGCUUGGAAUCAUACCCAUAAUUGCAGCUUGGAUCUAUUCUGAGUUCUUGAACUACAAACAUCCAAUCUCUGCUAAAGUGCACUCAGAUGAGAAAAUUAUUGAAGUGGAAAAGGGCAUAGCUAAGGAAGAUGAUACAGCUGCUUUCUUAGUUGGUGGAGGUCCCCAAACUGCUAAAUCUCGAACUUUGUCUGCUACAAAUCCUAUUAUCAGGUUCCUCUUGAUCGACGAGUCUUUCUUGAUCGAAAACCGGUUGAUUCUUAGAGCUAUAUCUGAAUUUGGUUUCCUCAUGGGAUAUUUUUUCUUGUGUGACCGUACGGAUUUAUUUGCAUCAGAAACAAAGGUUUACAAUCGGGAUCUCUUCUUGUUCCUUUACUUCCUUCUCAUCAUAGUUUGGGGAAUCCCUUCUUUGAAGAUGCAUCAUGAUAAGUCACCAAUGUCAGGAAAAACCACACUUUAUUUAAAUAGGCAUCAAACUGAAGAGUGGAAAGGUUGGAUGCAGAUACUUUUCCUGAUGUACCAUUACUUUGCUGCGACAGAAAUCUAUAAUUAUGUACGAGUAUGCCUUGCAGCAUAUGUGUUCAUGACUGGAUUUGGGAACUUCACAUAUUUUUAUGUCUUCAAAGAUUUCAGCCUUACAAGAUUUGCAAAGAUGAUGUGGAGGCUUAAUUUCUUGGUGUUUUUCUCCUGCAUUGUCCUUAACAACAGUUAUAUGGUGUACUACAUUUGCCCCAUGCACACUUUUUUCACUCUCAUCAUUUAUGGGGUGCUUGGUUUCAUGAACAAGUAUAAUGAGAAAAGGUCUGUCAUACCUGUUAAAAUCAUUGCCUGCUUCCUGCUGGUCAUCAUAGGAUGGGAAGUCCCUGGAGUUUUUGAUUUGGUUUGGACCCCAUUCAUAUUCUUCCUUGGUUACACUGACCCAAAUCCCGCCAGAUCAAAUCGGCCACGCAUGCAUGAGUGGCAUUUCCGAUCAGGCCUUGAUCGCUACGUAUGGAUAAUCGGGAUGAUAUAUGCGUACUAUCAUCCGACUGUUGAAAGGUGGAUGGAGAAGCUUGAAGAAACAGAAACAAAACGCAGAAGAUCAAUAAAAGUGGCUGUUGUGCUGACAUCUUCAAUGGUGGGAUAUGUCUGGUUCAAUGCUAUAUACAAGCUAGACAAGAUUACUUACAACAAAUACCAUCCAUACACAUCAUGGAUUCCAAUAACUGCCUACAUAUGCGUGCGGAAUGUCACCCCGAGUUUACGUAAAUACAGUUUGACCUUUUUUGCAUGGCUUGGGAAGAUAACUCUAGAGACCUACAUCUCACAGAUCCAUAUCUGGUUAAGAUCAGCUAUUCCAGAUGCUCAGCCAAGAAUGUUGCUUGCUCUGAUCCCAGGCUAUCCCUUGUUGAAUUUUAUGCUCACUACUGCCAUAUACAUUGCAAUUUCUUUCAGACUCUUUGAACUGACAAACUCAUUGAAAAUGGUGUUUGUGCCUAAAGACAAUAAGCGGCUUUUCUACAACAUUGUUACAGCAGUAGCAGUGUCAAGUGUUUUAUAUUCCAUGUCUUCUGUACUGCUAAAAAUGCCUCCAAUGAUGCUGGUAAAUAAAUAG